UGGCGCGGGAUGCAGGGCAGCUUUUAUUUUGGCGUUCCGCGUGGCAAUGCUUAGUCAUGGUGACUUUCUGGCUUUCCCCCGCGCUCAUCUGGAGUUCGGAGAGCAGUGCCAGGAUUGCGCCGUGUCACUUUCUCUAGGAGGCUUUUGUGAGUGCGGAUUAUCCAGAACUCUUUCGCGUGGGUGUUUGUUUACGCAGUGUUUUUAUUUCCUCCUCUUCGUGGUUUCCGUGAGGGAUCCAAACCCCUGACUGUUGAAGACUCUUCAGGAUGUGCACGGGUUUCUCAUGCUGCCUGAUUUGUAGCUUUGGAACACGUUCACUCGUCUAAAGAAGCUGCAUGAAUCCGGUAUUCGAGCAAGAAGUCAAAGAAGAUCACUUGAAAUCCGCCACCUUCCAUUACCUUUUCUCAACUAUUCAGUCCCGGAGUUUUGCGUUGAAAAGGGUGGUGGCACACUAAUUAACUUCUGAGAAUUUUUUGCCACUGACCUGAAACCGGCUAGUCCUGGUUUUAUUACUGUAGUGAGAAAAUCUUUACAAGGCUUUAGAAACAAGGCUUGUUAGCAGAUUCUGACCUGACAGUCUUCGAUUAAAAUGCCAUUUUAGUUAGUAUGUUGAUCGAGUUCUUGUCUGGCUUAAACGUACCCCAUUUUUUGGCCUGACUUCUAUUCACCUCCAGUUGCCAUUCCUGUUUUUCCAGCUUUUAAAGUUUCUGCUGUUCCUGCCAUUACUAUGUUUGCAACACUUUAGUCACACAUAUAGAUUCCUUUCUUUUAAGGUCAUUGACAGUUUCUCUUUCCUAGCUAAUGGGCCUUGUGUAAGAAGAUGGUGUUUAUAUUUAGCAGGCAGACAAGGCUUUCUAAUAAAGGUGUGUCUUGUUUCCAGGAAAUCCAAAAUGGAUCAAAAAUUGCAUGUUGAAAUGAAGGUGAUUCACAGACUUAAAUUUAUGCCCAAUAGUGCGCACAGUACGCCGUAAAAGAGGAAUAAAGAAAGUCUGAAUAGAGAAAGCUAGUGCACUGUAAGGGAAUAGUGCUUUCCUAAUGUUGCUUGCACCUACUACAAAAGAAUUAUAACUUGAGCAGGAAUUUGUGAACCCUGAUUUUUGGUUGCUCUGCUCCUGUCUUGCACUGGCGAGCGAGAAUGAAGGCGCCGGGCUGCGGGCGCAGCUGAGCAUGUACGCGACGUCAGGGAUGACCGAGUGCAAGGCCGAAGUGACGCCGUCAACGCGGAAUGGCCAUCGAGUGUUCAGCUACACGCUCGAGAGCCACACGGCCGCCGCCUUCGCCAUCAUGAACGAGCUGCGGCUUGAACGGCAACUCUGUGACGUCACGCUGCGAGUAAAAUACAAUGACCUGGAGGCUGUGGACUUUGUGGCACAUAAGGUGGUGCUGGCAUCCUCCUCACCAGUCUUCCGUGCCAUGUUCACCAAUGGCCUGAAGGAGUGCGGCAUGGAGGUGGUUCCCAUCGAGGGGAUCCACCCACGGGUAAUGGGCCGCCUGAUUGAGUUUGCCUACACUGCAAGUAUCUCUGUCGGAGAGAAGUGCGUCAUCCACGUGAUGAACGGAGCGGUGAUGUAUCAGAUUGACAGUGUUGUGAAGGCCUGCUGCGAUUUCCUGGUGCAGCAGCUGGACCCGAGCAACGCAAUCGGCAUCGCAAACUUCGCCGAGCAGAUUGGCUGCACUGAGCUGCACCAGAAAGCCCGCGAGUACAUCUACAUGAACUUCAGCCAGGUGGCGACACAGGAGGAGUUCUUCAACCUGUCUCCAUGUCAGCUGGUAACUCUGAUUAGCCGUGAUGAGCUGAACGUCCGGUGCGAAUCUGAGGUAUACCAUGCAUGCGUGGCGUGGGUGCAGUAUGAGCGUGACGAGCGGAGGCCCUACGUGCAGGCACUGCUGCAGGCCGUGAGAUGCCACUCUCUCCCUCCGCAUUUUCUUCAGCGCCAGCUUGAGCACUUUGAGUGGGACGCGCAGAGCAAGGACUAUUUAGCACAGAUCUUUCAGGACCUGACUCUGCACAAGCCCACCAAGGCAGCAGCGUGCCGCACACCUAAAGUACCGCAGCUCAUCUACACGGCGGGUGGCUAUUUCCGCCAAUCGCUCUGCUACCUCGAGGCGUUUAACCCGGGCACUGGUGCCUGGCUGCGCCUGGCAGAUCUUCAGGUGCCCCGCAGUGGCCUGGCAGCGUGUGUGAUCAGCGGGCUCUUCUACGCUGUCGGAGGGAGGAACAACGCACCCGAUGGAAACAUGGACUCCAACACGCUGGAUUGCUACAACCCUAUGAACAACUGCUGGCUCCCGUGUGCCCCAAUGAGCGUACCUCGAAACCGAAUUGGCAUUGGGGUCAUUGAUGGUAUGAUCUAUGCUGUUGGAGGCUCACAUGGAUGCAUCCAUCAUAACAGUGUAGAGAGGUACGACCCGGAAAGAGACUUGUGGCAGCUGGUAGCCCCCAUGCUGACCCGGCGAAUAGGGGUGGGCGUGGCUGUCAUUAACCGCCUCCUCUACGCGGUGGGUGGGUUUGAUGGAACCCAUCGUCUGAGCUCGGUAGAGUGUUACAACCCUGAGAAAGACGAAUGGAGGAGCACAGCACCCAUGAACACUGUCCGUAGCGGAGCAGGUGUGUGCACGUUAAAUAACCACAUCUAUGUAAUGGGCGGCUAUGACGGCACCAAUCAGCUAAACACCGUUGAGCGCUACGACGUGGAGACGGACAGCUGGACUUUCAUCUCGUCAAUGAGACACCGGCGCAGCGCACUAGGAGUCACCACACACCAAGGACGCAUCUACGCACUCGGAGGAUAUGAUGGAAACACCUUUUUAGAUAGCGUAGAGUGCUACGACCCUGAAACGGACACAUGGACCGAGGUCACGAGGAUGACCUCUGGCCGGAGCGGGGUCGGUGUUGCAGUUACCAUGGAGCCGUGCCAAAAAUAUUGUCAGAAAGAGUGUCCGAAAGAUUGUAAAAAAGAUUGUCAGCAAUUCUAGUGCCUGCUGUCUUCUCCUGCUUUUUUUUUCUGUUUCUUUCCUUCCAUAUUUCUAUUCCUUCCUUUUUUACAGCCAGGAUGAUCAGUGAUUACAAUUCUGGUGCUUUAAAACUUCAACAGUCUUCUAUAAAACGAGAGCAUACGGGUCUCUGGAUAUCUACAGGGUUCACACAAAAAGCCGUGAGAUCAGAGACACGUAAAUAGACCAGAUGAUGCUUUCAGACAGGACUGGUUUAUAUAUUUUGUUGGUUUUAAAGCCAGAUUCCAGGAAUCGGGAUCAUUAAUGUGAGUCAGGUUGCGUCUCCUGUUUGUAUUACUGACCAGCCUCGUCUCUUUAAGCCAAACAUGAGCACUGACUAAAAGCCGAACAUUUCUCCUGAAAGUUGCAGAUCAGCAGCCUGGACCACAGAUGUCAGCAUUUUAAAGUGCCAUUAACGUAUCCCACGACACAUUUCAGUAUCUGAAGUCUGUGCUGCUGUACUACACUUAUAGAACCAUCACGCCAGGCACAAGGACCCAGCGAGGCAGCGAACUGCAGGAUAGUUUAGAGAACAGUGAAAUUUCCAACAUCUUCCACAUACUCUAAUCCACUCCGUCAGCCCAAAACAUGUUUUGUGUCUGAAGAUUGCUUCUUUAUUUUUUUUGCGCCAGGUUACCAGUUUGAUGUAGCUCUAAAGUAAGAGAAGUUUAUCUUGCAUACAUACAGACUCUAAUCUUGGGAGCAGUUUAAAUUAUAUUUGUUUAAAUAUUUGAAGGUUCAGGAUCCAGACUAGGCAAAAACCAAAAUGUGAGCAGUGGGAGGGAAUAUAAUUGGAUAAAAAAUAAAUACAUAAAAACAAAUAGCACUGUGUCUACCUCUACCUGAUGGUUACGUGGAUGAUGAAAUUCUAGUGAUAUGUAAAUGUGGUCUAACGCUACUAGUUUUCAAACGUAUUUGUUUCACCACUUACAAAUUUCAUUUCAAGCAGAUAUUUAAAAAUAGUUACAGAUUACCUGUUUUAUAAACCCAGUGCAAAACAUGAUUCAGACAUGAAACAUGUUUCAGCUGAUUUUCGAAUCCACUCAUCAGGCAGAUAUCAAGAUGAACUGAUUUUUAUACUGGGAAAAUGCUUCCUUCAACUCCUGAGGUAAUUAUCUUUGGCUGUUCUAAGACUCCGAUUCAACUCCAACAUGUUGAGUAUUAGCAAAUUUCAUGCUCGCAUUCACUCAGGGUGUUGUUUAUCGAGUGUGUGCUUACAAACACUGUUGUAACACACCACCUUUGUAAUUAAGUAGCGAGUUGAAUCCACAUGGUGACUGGUAAUGCUGGCAAUCACAGUUGCCUAACCCUGGUUAUAGAAUAACUUGAUUCAGUUUAGUUUUUUCUCUGCUGGAGUCACUUGAGUUUAAUUAAUGAUUUUGUAAACCCCUUUAUGAGUCUGUGUUUGUCCAGAUGGCCCGUGUUUGUCUAGAUGGCAUCUCAUUUAAAGUGCAUCAGGGUCCUACCUUGACCUGAGGUAAAACAGAAUCCAAAUUCCAAGAGCACAAAUGAAGGAAAGAUAGACUGUUGUCUGAGGUUUUGGAUCGUAAAGAAGAAACAUGGGUCCUGUCAUCAUAUAAUGCUGGAUCAAGCAUUACCUGAAAUUAAUAUAAAAAAAGUUGGUUUCUUGUUACUUGAGGCCAAAACCACAGUUGGAACAGACAUCUUUUGUGAUCAGUUUAAAAAAAACCUUAUUAAUGUAUUUGUAACAGUAUUUUAUUCUACAUCUUUUCCCCAAGAUUUUAGAAAUUUCUUGGAGUUUUGUACAGGGUCUGGAUUUAUGUUUUAUUUAUUUUGGAGUCAAUGUUGUGGGGUUUUUUUGUUUUGUUUUUUUUUGUUUUUUUUUUUGGGGGGGGGUUUGUUCUAGUUUGAAAAAAAGAAGAAAAAACGGACCGGUCUCCUUUUGUAUACAUUGCACACUGAGCAUGUGCCGAAUUUCAGACAUGACGGCAACUCGUGACUUCUCUUUUUUCUAAGUCUGGCUGUUUAAAAAAAAAAAUAAAAUAAAAUGAAAAAUAUUGAAUUGUAGUUUUUUGCUUUAACAGUUUAUUACUAACAAAGAGAGAUAAUUUAAAGACUGCUUUGUACAUUUUACAGCAAUCAUUGUAUUGUACAACACAUUGUGUAUUAAAGAUAUCUGUUUAUUGUA